UCCCCCCACGUGUCCGCUGGAGUUUCUCCACCAGCAACAUGGCCGCUGCCUGAGGAGAGCCGGGCCGCCGCCGCCUCUGCAGCCCGCGGGUACCUGGGCCGUUGCCGCCCCCCGCGCGCGGCCCCCGCGGAGAGAUUGAGUCUGAGGAUCGUGCGGCUGGCUCCCCCUAGUAUGGCCAAUGAAGAGGAUGACCCAGUCGUACAGGAGAUCGACGUGUACUUGGCCAAAAGUCUGGCAGAGAAGCUCUAUCUGUUUCAGUACCCUGUGCGUCCAGCCUCGAUGACCUACGAUGACAUUCCACACCUCUCCGCCAAGAUCAAGCCCAAGCAGCAGAAGGUAGAACUCGAGAUGGCCAUUGAUACCCUAAACCCCAACUACUGCCGCAGCAAAGGGGAGCAGAUUGCACUCAACGUGGACGGCGCCUGUGCGGACGACAGCAGCACUUACUCCUCGAAGCUGAUGGACAAGCAGACGUUCUGUUCCUCCCAGAGCACUAGUAACACAGCCCGUUACGCUGCUGCGCUCUACCGGCAAGGUGAGCUUCACCUGACGCCUUUACAUGGCAUCCUGCAGCUUCGGCCGAGCUUCUCCUACCUGGAUAAGGCAGACGCCAAGCACCGAGAGAGGGAGGCUGCCAAUGAGGCAGGAGACUCUUCACAGGAUGAGGCAGAAGAAGAUGUGAAGCAGAUCACGGUGCGGUUCUCGCGUCCGGAGUCCGAGCAGGCCCGCCAGCGCCGUGUGCAGUCCUACGAGUUCCUGCAGAAGAAGCAUGCUGAAGAGCCCUGGGUGCACCUGCACUACUAUGGCCUGAGGGACAGCCGCUCUGAGCAUGAGCGCCAGUACCUGCUGUGCCAGGGUUCCAGUGGGGUUGAGAACACAGAGCUCGUCAAGUCACCCAGUGAGUACCUCAUGAUGCUGAUGCCACCCAGCCCAGAAGAGGAGAAAGACAAACCCGUGGCCCCCAGCAACGUCCUGUCCAUGGCCCAGCUGCGCACCUUGCCCCUGGCUGAUCAGAUCAAGAUCUUGAUGAAGAAUGUGAAGGUCAUGCCUUUUGCCAACUUGAUGAGCCUCCUAGGCCCCUCCAUCGAUUCUGUGGCUGUUCUGCGUGGCAUCCAGAAGGUGGCGAUGCUGGUCCAGGGAAACUGGGUGGUGAAGAGUGACAUCCUGUAUCCCAAGGACUCUUCCAGCCCUCACAGCGGCGUGCCUGCCGAGGUGCUCUGCCGGGGUCGAGACUUUGUUAUGUGGAAGUUCACGCAGAGCCGGUGGGUGGUAAGGAAAGAGGUGGCAGCAGUGACCAAACUCUGCACAGAGGAUGUGAAGGACUUUCUGGAGCACAUGGCCGUAGUGAGGAUCAACAAAGGCUGGGAGUUCAUACUGCCUUACGAUGGGGAGUUCAUCAAGAAACAUCCAGAUGUGGUCCAGCGGCAGCAUAUGCUGUGGACGGGCAUCCAGGCCAAAUUAGAAAAAGUCUAUAAUCUUGUGAAGGAAACCUUGCCAAAGAAGCCAGAUGGACAAUCAGGGCCUGCUGGGCUGAUCUCUGGGGACCAGCGGGUCCAAGUGGCCAAAAGUAAGGCCCAGCAGAACCACGCGCUGCUGGAACGGGAGCUACAGCGGAGGAAGGAGCAGAUGCGGGUGUCCGAGGUCCUGCCUGGUGUGCGGAUCAAGGAGGAGCCCAUGAGUGAGGAGGGAGAGGAAGAGGAAGAACGAGACGCAGAGGAAGACGAGGAGCCCAUGGACACCUCUCUUGGUGGCGGCCUCCACAGCAGGCUGGCCAAUGGGCUGCCUAGUGGGCGGGCGGCAGGUGGGGACAGCUUCAAUGGGCACCCGCCCCCUGGCUGUGCCAGCACCCCCGUGGCCCAGGAACUGAGGGCCUUCGUGGAGGCCACCUUUCAGAGACAGUUUGUGCUCACGCUGAGUGAACUCAAGCGCCUCUUCAACCUGCAUUUGGCCAGCCUGCCACCUGGUCACACACUGUUCAGUGGCAUCUCGGACCGCAUGCUGCAGGACACGGUGCUGGCCGCCGGGUGCAAGCAAAUACUGGUGCCUUUUGCCUGCGUAGAAACCAACUUUGAGAGAAGUGAAAUGAGCUUGUAUAAAGGUCAUACGUCCAGGAAGUGCUGAGCUGAAUUGGAGCCUGUAGUGGCUGCUGAGCUGAAAUCUUCUGCUUUAACAGAGAUGCACUGAGCCUGUCACCAGAGCCCAAGACUCGUGCCUGGCUUCUGGCAGGCCUCCCGCCCUAGUAGGGCUUAGCUGACCAGCACGGCCAGGCCCGCGGAAGGGGCCGCUUGUCCCGGCAGCAGGAGGGGCCCGGAGUGGAAGAAACACAGGAGCGGGGAGGCUGUUGGACAUUUCCCUCAGCUGAGGGUAAAGAGGGCCCGGCCGUGGCUCCAGGAGGUGGUGCUGGUCAUUCUCUCCCUGAAGGCUCUGCCAAGGCCUGGCAGCAGAUCUGUGUGGUGUGGGGCUAUUGACAUUGUCAAUCCCAGGUCAGAAGCACCUGCAGUUUCGGGUGAUCUGAGGCGACGGCCAUCUUUGUGUGCGUGAGACGCAGAAACUAGGACGAGAGGCCCUCAGAGCUUUGCUGCCCGGGCUGCCCCAGGAGAUCUGGCCCUUGUGGCAGGGAGCCUCCUUGGUGCGGUUUCCUGUACAAGGUACUAGGGUUAGGGGCCCUGCCCAAUGUGGAGUCACCCUGGCCUACCCAGCAAAUGGGUCUGGUUAGCUCCAGGGUCACGUUUCUGAGCUGGGCCAGGCAGGGGAGGGCACCUGCCCAGGGUUAGCAAAGCCGCCUCGGGCUGCUGAGGGAUGUGAAGUGGCCACUCUCAGGCCCCACUGGCCCUGCUCCUUCCUCUUGGUGGGGCUGGUGUCCCCGGGGGAUCACCGACCUUUUUGCUUCUCCCAUCGACCUCCCUCCCUGUGAUCCUGAUGUAGGGACUAUCUAGGAUAGCCCCCCCCCCACCCGCCUCCCCCAAAGGAAGAUAAGCCCCAAUUCCCCCCAAUAUGCUUAGCCUCGUUUUUCACACAAGGGUGCUGAGGUCCAGGGAGAGUGAGACGCAGAUGUGGGUUUGACCCUAGUUCUGCUCCUUAUUAGAGGUGUGACCUGGACCUGAGUAAACUCUGAGCUGGAUUCUCCCCUGGAGAGUCGGGGCUGCCACACCCUGCUCCUACCUCCGGUUUUCUGUGAUCGAAUGAUAUUGUACAUUUAGUCCCCCUGCGGCUUCCUGUGGCUGGUAGUCGCCGCUGCUGUUGCUUGGAUUGUGUCACGGCUGGAAACCACUCUACCGGGUGCCCUGAGCCUGGUCACCCUUUUCUUGGUCCACCUUCGGACGCUGCCAAACCCACUGGUGUGCUGGGCCCGUACUGACACAGCCCUGGAGGGAAGGGGUGGAAAGGAAUCCCCCGGAACGGAACUUCCUAGGGAGGUGGAGGUAUGGGGGAGUAUUUCUUAGGACACCUCUGAGGGUUUACGUUUAGGGUAGGGUGAUGCUGGAUGUUGGAGGUGAGCUAAUGCCAAGCUAGCAGGAGAAACAAGCCUGAUCCCCUCCUUGUCUCGUGCACCUGGGGACUUCGGGCUGUGGGUGCCCCACUCUGUCCCACUGAAGCCCUAGUGAGUGGGAGGAGCUGGAAUUGGAACCCACCGUCGCCCAUCGAUUCAUUCCCUGAAUGGGGCUCAUGCAGACUGGGAGGGGUGAGGGGCAGGGCAGGUGGACCCCUGUGGUAAAGACAACUCACGCCUGGGCCUUGGUUAGUUUCCCCCCCAGACUGCUGCGUCCCCAGAUGAGCAGAAGGUGUUCGCCCUCUGGGAGUCUGGAGACAUGAGCGAUCAG